AGAGCCAUGAUUAUCACGUAGAGGUCUGUGAAAAAUCACGUGCGGUAAAGUUAAUCAAUAUGAUGCUUCCUUUUGUUUUGAAGAAAUAUUUUUUCCAAUCUAAAAGACUCUAUUUCAGUAUAUCUCUGUUAAAAAGUGAUUCUCUAUUUCAUAUUGAAACGUGAAACAGACAUUGAAAGUAAAAAUCUAGGUUUUGAUUCUCUCUUAUUUCUCUUAUUAGGUAUAUCUCUUAUGUGUUCUUUUAUUACGAUAUACAUACUCAUUAAUCUUAUUUUCUCUUAUUUAUUUAAAUUAAAAUUUAAUUAUUAUGGUAUCGGGCGGGGAGAUGUCUAUUGCACUCUGCAUUAAGAGCCACAAAAUCAGUAUUAUUUUAGCCCUGGUCUUGGGAACCUCCGUUUUGAGUGCGUGCGUGGGGUUCUUUUUAAUCGAGAGAAAACCUCCAGCAGAAGCGACACUUCGGUUUGUGAGCGUUAUCCAUCGACAUGGCGAGAGGGCACCUGAAAGGACAUACCCUCUCGACCCUUACCAGGGUGAGUCAGCCUGGCCGGAAGGAUUGGGAGCGCUAUUACAGAAGGGGAAAGAAAGUAUGUUCAAUCUUGGAUGCUUCUUGAGGCAUCGGUAUGAUGGGUUCCUCUCUACAACAUAUUCUCCAGCCGAGAUUUUCGUCCUUUCGAGUCGUCUGGAUCGCUGUAUAAUGAGUGUGCAGCUUCAUCUGGCAGGUCUUUAUCCACCAAUCGGAACGCAGAUGUGGAACCCAGAUUUGCUGUGGCAGCCAAUCCCUGUUCACUCUCUUAACAGUGGUUGCGAUGACAUUAUUCGUGUAUCUAAACAAUGCAGGUUGCUAUCGAGGGAGAGGCGGGAAACAAGAGCGCUACUUCAACAAGAAAUAAACAAACAUGAUGAAUUUCUGAAGUAUCUUUCACAAGAAAGUGGUCUCCAAGUAGAUGGGUAUUCAGAGGUCAAUCGUCUGUAUGACAACCUUCUUGUCGUGGGACAACAGGGCCUACCAUUACCACAAUGGGCUGAAGGAGAUGUUCUAGAUAGAUUGAGAUCACUCGCUCUUGUGGGAAAAUUAGGAAAAUUUAAAUCACCUGUCUAUGUAAAACUUGAAUCAGGGGUUUUGAUUAACGAGAUAUUGUCCAAUAUGGAAAAGAAAACUAACUCCUCAAAUAAUUUUGGUCGGCGGUUAAGCUUGUACUCAGCGCAUGACGCGACUAUUGUGCGUCUUUGGGGAGGCCUGAAAAUUAGUCGAGAAGUAGCGGAAGUAGACUAUGGAGCUGUUAUAAUUAUUGAACUGCACCAGAUCAAGGACAAAUAUAGAGUUAAAAUAUUGUAUAAGAAAAAUACCUCGGAUGAAAAUCUGGAAAUUUUGAAAGUUCAAGGCUGCGAAUAUGAUCAAAACACGGUUGAUGACGGCAUGUGCGAUCUUGACUCUUUUUCAGCUGUCAUGCAAUCUUCCAUCAUCACCAAUUUUGAUGAGGCAUGUCAAAAUAGAAGAAAUUAGCGCUACCUUCGGAAUCGAUUAUUCAAAUGACCCAUUUA